AUGUCAUUGAAGCUUCCUUAUCCAAACGUUUAUAAAUUUCUCAAUAAUUUUUCUGCCCCUGAUCAAGGGUCUCCAGAACAAACAUCGAGAAGUCAAGGACUCAGAAAAAGUGGUCCGAGGUCAAAGACGGGCUGUUCAACAUGCAAACAGCGACGUGUUAAAUGCGACGAAACCAAACCACAAUGUAUCAGGUGUCAAAACCUCGGUCGGGAAUGUGGUGGAUACGCUCCGGAGCACGCUGAAGAUGUCUCCAAACAGAAUGCAAAUGCUCCAGUACCUAUCCACCCACGACCGAUGUCUGUGAUGCCAUUUGCUCCUUCAGUCGCUAUACUUGGUGAUCAAGCCGAACGUCGUUAUUUCCAAAGAUUUUGUGAUAAAACAGCUGCCGAGAUUUGCGGUUCCUUCGAUCCUACCUUCUGGACAGAAAAGGUUCCUCAAUUGUGUCACCAAGAUGCGCCUAUCCGAUAUGCGACUAUUGCAUUGGGUGCUCUAGCAAAAUCCUUGGAGAUUACAUCUUCUCCGACUCGACUAUCACUUUCGGGAUUUCCUCAAAUCGAUCACCAUCAUUUAGAUGAACACCAUCGUUUCGCUUUGAGGGAGUACAGCAGAGCCAUUGCUUCGUUGAGGAUAAUACUUUCGGACGGCAGAAGACAUUUGAGAACAUCCCUUACAGCAUGCGUACUGUUUAUGACAUUUGAAUCCCUUCAGGGAAGUUACGAAGGUGCUUUGACUCAUCUCAGAGGGGGUUCUCGAUUGUUGGCUGAUUGGAGAAUUGCCCGAAGAGGAGGAAGCUCUCGAUUGUCGCAUGAUUCAUUGUCCGAAAUCCAAGAUAGCCUUGUCGAUGACUUGGGGCGUCUAUUUGCUCGUCUUGAUGUCCAAGGUCUUUUUGUUCCACCGCCAUAUCCUGUCCCAAACCUUCUUCAAGAUGAUAUGGAAAUUCCAGACGAGUUUGAAAGUGUCCAAGAAGCCCGAGAAGUUUGGGAUUUCCUAAUGGCUGCCAUUGGUCAGUUCUAUCGAAAAUCGGUCAUGAAAUCGCAAACUGAACCAGAAGAAUUAUCUGCCCCAUAUUGGAACAGGCUUCAUACUCACUACACCACACAACUACUUCGAUGGCGAAAAGCCUUUCAAUCCGUCCAUACUGUAGAGGGACACACUGGAAGUAUUUCUGCUGAUGCAACUCAUAUGUUAAGCAUCUACUACAACAUCGCCACAAUACUUGUCGCAUCGAGUGUUCCCCAUACGGAGAUGUUAUAUGACGAAUAUAACCAUCUCUUUGCGGAGAUUAUAUGUAAGGCUCAGAUCUUACUCUCCAGUCCGGAUGAUGCAAGUAAUACAUCUCGUUUUACUCUAGAUAUGGGAACAAUCCUCCCUCUCGUGAUCACUGCAGUAAAAUGUCGUGAUCGACGAAUCCGACGCCAGGCCAUAGCACUUCUUUGGUCUAAAGCGAGACGAGAAGGACUCUGCUUUGACACGAUUAGCGUAGCAAGGAUCUGCGCAUGGCUUUCGAGUAUAGAGGGGGAAGGUAUUCAGGAAGAUGAUCAACCAAUCCCGGAAUCAUCCAGGUGGCGAGGACCUCAGCAUAAUUUUGGCAAUGGCGUAGUGAAAGGGUACGGGGACACAGAAGUUACGGAUGUUACUAGACAUCCUUUGAGUACGGUGGGAAGUGCCAACCUUUGCUUGAUAAAUUAUGGCAUGUGGGAACAAAAAAAAGGUGCCUCUUCCGACAACAUUGCGUCACACACACUCCGCCGGGAGAAAAAGGAGUGA